ACUCGUCACCAUGAAGCUCCUGGUCUUGUGUUCACUGGUAGCUGCGGCUGCCGCCUGGCCAAGCAGCGGUCUGGAUGAGUUCCAGAGUGAUGUCUCGGGUGCGACCUUAGCCAAGAGACAGCAAGACGUCAACCACCUGCUCGACUACAUCUAUGACCACCUUCACUAUGCUGACUUGAAGACCAUCGCCGGGACCUUCUCCCCUGAGGCUGACACCUCCAUCUACACUGAUGCUGGCGCAGCCGCCCAUGUCCUUAUGGAGGAGCUCAGGGACGGCAGGCUGUUGGAGCAGCGCCAUUGGUUCUCACUUUUUAAUACUCGCCAACGUGAAGAAGCUCUCAUGCUCUUUGAAGUUCUGAUUCACUGUAAAACGUGGGAGGCCUUCAUUAACAACGCUGCUUACUUCCGUGAGCGCAUGAAUGAAGGAGAGUUUGUGUACGCACUCUAUGUGGCUGUCAUCCACUCAGAUCUGGGACAUGGCAUUGUACUUCCUCCACUCUACGAAGUCACUCCUCACCUGUUCACCAACAGUGAGGUCAUCAACAAGGCUUACUCAGCCAAGAUGACUCAGACACCAGGCAAAUUCAAAAUGGAUUUCACCGGAACAAAGAAGAACAAGGAACAGCGAGUGGCAUACUUCGGCGAGGAUAUUGGCAUGAACAUUCACCACGUUACUUGGCAUAUGGACUUCCCCUUCUGGUGGAAGGACUCCUACGGCUACCACCUGGACCGCAAGGGAGAGCUCUUCUUCUGGGUUCACCACCAACUUACUGCUCGCUUUGACUCUGAGCGUCUCUCCAACUGGCUGGAUGUUGUUGAUGAAAUACACUGGGAAAAGGUUAUUCACGAAGGAUUUGCUCCACAUACCAGCUACAAGUAUGGCGGAGAGUUCCCAGCUCGUCCUGACAACGUUCACUUCGAAGACGUUGAUGGUGUAGCUAAAGUGCGUGACAUGGUUAUCUUAGAGAGCCGCAUUCGCGACGCCAUUGCUCUUGGCUACAUCACCGACAAAAGCGGACACCAUAUCGACAUCAAAAACGAGCACGGAAUCGACAUUCUAGGAGACAUCAUUGAAUCUUCAGUGUACAGCCCCAACGCGCAAUAUUACGGAGCCCUGCACAACACAGCUCACAUAAUGCUUGGUCGCCAAGGUGAUCCUCACGGCAAGUUCGACAUGCCUCCAGGUGUCAUGGAACACUUCGAGACCGCGACCCGUGACCCAAGCUUCUUUAGACUUCACAAAUACAUGGAUAACAUUUUCAAGGAACACAAAGACAGCCUUCCUCCCUACACCAAAGAGGACAUCGCGUUCCCUGGAGUAGUCUUGGACAGUGUUGCCAUUGAUGGAGAACUGAAGACAUACUUUGACACUUUCGAGUUUAGUCUUAUUAAUGCCGUAGACCAGUCUGAGAACGUUGCAGACGUUGACAUCUCCGCUGAUGUAAACCGCCUCAAUCACCAAGAAUUUUCUUACAAUAUUGACAUCACAAACAACAAUGGCAGAAAAGUACUAGGAACCAUCCGCAUCUUCUUGUGUCCUCUUAAGGACAGCAAUGGAGUCCCCUACACCUGGGAAGAAGGUCACUGGUUCUGCAUUGAGAUGGACAAGUUUUAUAAAUCACUUGCUCCCGGAACUAACCACAUUGUUCGCAAGUCCGUUGACUCUUCAGUAACAGUUCCUGACAGACCAAGCUUCGCCACACUGAAGAGGAAAACUGACCAGGCCGUAGCCAGCAGAGGCCGGCUUGACCUCCACGAGUUCGAACGGUCGUGUGGCAUCCCCAACAGACUGCUCUUGCCUAAGGGUAAGGAGAGGGGAAUGGACUUCGCCUUGUUUGUGGGUGUGACCAACGGUGACGAGGAUAAGACCGUAGACAACCCUGAACAGCUCGGUCCCACGCAUGCUCAGUGUGGCAUUCACGGAGAAAAGUACCCAGACAAGCGGCCCAUGGGUUACCCCGUCGACCGCAGAGUCCCAGACAAUCGCGUCUUCCUUGAGUCUCCCAAUAUCAAGAGAAUCUACGUCAAGGUCUUCCACGAUGCGCACUAAUACAAUUUGCACUUCCAGAAUGUAUUGGUUUUGAAUGAGCAAUACUUCAACGAUCCACACUAAAAUACAUAUAAGUCCACAUAAAAUUUUGUUGCUUCAUUAGAUUCCAAUUGCCAAAAAAUUAAUUAGGUUUGAAAGUUGACUAAUAAUUUUAUAAUAUAAAUAAGUUGCAUUUGAAGAUUAUUUGAAACUUUGAGAAUUCCAUGUUUAGAUGUUAUUGGUCAUAACGCUUUUACGAACAAUUUCGUGCAAUGAAUAUAAGUAAAAAUUUUUCAGUAGGCCUGACAUUGUCACAUUGUCACAUAGAGGUUAUUCCUCCAUUACUUUAUGUUUAAAUACAUUAAUUGUAUUGUUUGUAUUAUCUCAUUAAGCCUGGUAACAGCGAGGCUAUACGAAAGUAUACUUCGCCCAUCUGUUUGACGUCACAAUUUUUUUAAAAUUUUCAAGAACAUCGAUGCCCAAAGAAAAUGUUUUGUCUUGACAAAAACUUUAAAUUUUUAUUAAAGAUGCACUUAAA